CCGCUGCAGCUCCAGAGCGAGGAUUCUGGUGGAGAGGAGGGAGGCGUCGGUCUGUCUCUGAAGAAAAGCGAGUUUAAGUCAUUAUUCCGCCUCUGCUGCUGCUGACUCUAACUACAGAUAGAGUAUGAGUUCAGUGGUGGUGAACGAUGAGAAUCAGGGAGUUUGCCCUGUACGGAAGCACGUCACGUCUGAAGCCGCAGCUGACAUUUUUGCCCUGGAUCAGCCGACUGGCAGGCCGUCCAUUCUGCGACAGUCGCAGUCUGAAAACAUCAACAAAAACGUGCCUAAAGGAGUGAAGGUUUGUUUCCAAACCCCACGCAGAGACCCAGUCACUAAGAAGAUUAUGUCUCCAAGCCGUGUCGGCAGGAUGACUUCUCUGGACGAUUGCAUGGCCGCUCUAGAGUCUCUCUCUCUGACUUCUGCUGCUGAGACACCUGCUGAACAAAGUGUUCCCGCAGCACCAGUUGAUGUCCCAAGUAAAAACGAAACUCCAUACCCUGAUGAUGAAAUGCCCAUUCAGAGCAAAGGAGGCUACACAAUCGAUUUUGACAACCUGGAGUCCAUAAAUCCUUUUCAGAGCACCUCACUAAUGACCCUGUCACCACCCAAACCUGCUGUUUUAUCAAGCACUAUGACCCCACCAGAGCCAGAACAACUUGAUGUGGUGUCUGUUCCUUCGCUAUCUGCCCUUGAAGAGGUGGAGAAAGCUCCAGAAAAGCCAACUCAGAUGGACAUGGCCCUGGAUGAGACUAUCCCUCUGAGCCAGUCUGUUGAAAACUCCCUGGCAGAUCUAUCUUCAGAUAUGCCCUCCACAGACACCACAGUGAUCAUUGGGCAGAGAAGUUGUGGAACACCCAUCAUGGAUCAGAGCACUAAUGACACUGAGAAUCUGGAGGUUCCUGCACCAGCUUCCAUCUCGGAUAGUGUUCCUGUUAAAGAAGAACCCUCAGAUGCUGUGGAUUCUCCAUUACCACCUAAAGGAUCCUACAGCUUUGACUUUGAUAAUCUUGAUUCAGUGAAUCCUUUUCAAACCGGUGGCUCAAAGCUUCAAAACUCACCACCUCUUGGCAGAAAAUCACCCAUCAGCAAUUCUCCACCUCCAAAAAUAGAGGAACCUAAGAAAGAUGAGGUCGUCCCUGAGGCCAUUCAGACAGUUCCAGAGAAGCCUAGCCAACCAGAGGUGAAGCCAGUCACCCCUGAGCCACCUGCAGUUAUUACUACAACCGAAAGCACUUCAUCUGAACCGCCUCCAAAAGACGGCCACAUGGUACUGGAAUUUAACUUUGACGAUGGCGCAGAAGUCAAGCGCAAGCCUCCUCCCAAACGCCUUGGCGUGAAGAGACCCCCAGGGGCCAAACCAGCCUCUAAGAAACCCACCUCUGCUCCAGCGGAGAAGAAAUCCCCAGAACCCAAACCUGAAGCUCGUGAUGCACCAGUUGAAACAGCACCUGUGGAGAUCCCCGUCGCCAAAGGCUCUUACACUUUUGAGUUUGAUAAGUUUGAUGAUCCCAACUUCAACCCGUUUGGUACGAAGGCUAAGAUGGGUAACUCUCCUCCUCGUGGUGAUAAGAUCAGUCCGGUGAAGAGUGAAGAACCACCGGCUCAGGCACAGCGGCCCACAACACCAACACCACCUGACAACCAGCCAGAACAGCAAGGCAGCGUGGCCAGUAAUGCACACAGUUCUCCUCCUUGUGACGGUAUUGAAAAGACGACAGAAGCAGAGCCAUCAUUGACUAAGGUGGAGGAAGAGACCAAGCCUUCCAUAAUUGAGUGCAACAGACCCUGCAGCCCAGCCAAUCAGAAGCCAGUAGCCAGAGAGCUGACUCCUGAGCCCUGUCUGCAGAACCAAAGCACAGAGUUUGAUUCAACUACAGCUGAUGAUGGGUUUUUGCCGGGCUCCAUGUUCAUGCCUAGUGACUUAGAUGGACAGAUUGAUUAUUUGGAGCAGUUUGGAUCGAGCACUUUUAAGGAGUCUGCCCUGCGAAAGCAGUCUCUGUACCUGAAGUUUGACCCGCUGUUGAAGGAGAGCCCUAAGAAAGUAGCAAUGGACACCAACUCUGCGUUCAGCCUGCCACGGCCCUCCCUUGCCAUCCGGAUGAUGGAGGCCGCUCGGUCUGAGGUGCGGCAGAAAUCUCGGCAGGAAAGCCCAAAGCUGCUGGAAGAUUUCCCUCCACUGGUCGAAGUCCCAGUGGUGCAGGACCCCACUGUGCUGGACCUGCUGGUGCCCACCCUCAAACAGCCACAGAGGAGUGAGGACGUCAUCGUGGAUGUGCUUAUGUACAGUCAGAAGGACAUGGACGCUGCCAUGGAGAGGGCACGUAAACAGGCUGUGGAGAAGGAGGAGGAACUGAAGGCUGAGAUGGAGAAGCUACGUCUCGAUAACCAACACAUGGUGUUAAUUGUGUCAGAGUUUGAGGCAGUUAUUGCUCAGAUCACAGCGGAGCACAAGCAGAAGGAGGAGCUGGCGCAGGCAGAGCUGAGUAAAGUCCUUCAGGAAAAACAGCAGCUGGCUAAAGACCUGAACGAUAUGGAGCGAUCAUUCUCUGACGUCGUCAAACGCCUGGACAGACGCAAGGAGGUCAUUGAUGGCUUCAAGAAGAAUGAGGAGACGCUGAAACAGUGUGCGCAGAGCUACCUGGCCAGGCUGCAGAAAGAGGAGCAGCGCUACCAGAUGCUGAAAACUCACGCAGAGGAAAAGAUUGACCAGGCGAAUAAGGAGAUAGCGGAGGUCCGCUCUAAACUCGGAGCUGAAGUUUCAGCUCUUCAGGUCCAGCUGCGAAGAGAGCAGCUCAAAGUGCAGUCACUGGAGAAGAACCUGGAGCAGAAGACGAAGGAGGUGGAGGAUGUCACCAAGCUGUGUGAUGAGCUGAUUAUGAAAGUGCAGAAGCACUAAAUUUUAUUAGUUCUGUCUGUAUAUCUGUGUCCGUCUGUCUCUUGUUCUUGUUCUUGUUCUUUACUGACUAAAUAAAAAAAAUAUUUACAA